AUGAAGUUCAGUGUUCUCGCCAUUGCCGGCCUCAUUGGCUGCGCUGCUGCCUUGCCUCCAUUUGGGGCUUCGUCUACUCCGUCCAGCUCGAUUUCUAUUUCUAUCACCCCGAGCGCUUCCCCCAGCUCGUCCAGCAUCGCAUUCGUUGGUCUUAGCAAGCGCUCCGAGACCCCUUCUAGCUCUGCAACUCCAUCUAGCUCGGCCUCUAUCUCUACCCCAUGGGUAUUCCACAGGCGUCAAUUUGCCACUCCCUCCAGCUCUGGCGUUGCGUCCAGCUCUGCAACCCCAUCCAGCUCCUCCGUCGCAGCCCCAUGGGUCUUCCAUAGACGCCAGUUUGUGACUCCUUCCAGCUCUGCGACUCCUUCUAGCUCGGCUUCUGUCACCCCUAGCAGCACUCCUGCUUUUUCUUAUGCGAAGCGCCAAGUCGCCACGCCUUCCAGCUCCGCCACUCCCUCCAGUUCUGCUACCCCUUCGAGCUCUGCGUCUCUGACUCCUACCGCCUUCGCAGCUCAGAAGCGCAAGUUCUUUAGCUCCAGCAGCUCUUCUUCCGCCUCGCCUUCUUCUUCCGCUACUCCUUCCUCCUCCGCCACUCCCUCUGCCUCUGUCUAA